CUUCCCGGGUGCCGCCCCUCGCCCCUCCCCGGAAGAGCGGCCCCGUCGCGGCCGGCGCGGAGCCGGCAUGGAGCGCUACGAGGCCUACGGCUUCUCGGGAGCCAUGAGCGGCGCCUUCCUGCUGUCCUGCCUGCUCUUCGCGGCCGUCAGCCGCCGCCAGCGCGGGCCCUACAUGGACGAGGUGUUCCACGUCCCGCAGGCGCAGGCCUAUUGCCACGGCCGCUUCCUGCAGUGGGACCCCAUGAUCACCACGCUGCCCGGCCUGUACCUGCUCUCAGUGGGAGUGGUGAAGCCCGCGGCGUGGCUCCUCGGCUGGACGGGAAGCGUGGUGUGCUCUGUGGGAAUGCUCAGGUUUAUCAACCUUCUCUUCAGUGCUGGGAACUUCUACUUACUGUACUUGCUUCUGUUCAAGAUCCAUCAGAAGAAUAAGGCUGUGUCUGGUUUCCAGAGGAUCUUGUCUGCAUUAACACUUGCAGCAUUUCCCACCCUUUAUUUUUUUACAUUCCUUUAUUAUACGGAUCCGGGAUCAGUAUUUUUUACUCUUUUUUCCUAUUUAAUGUGCCUUUAUGGUAACCAUAAAACUUCUGCUCUCCUUGGAUUUUGUGGCUUCAUGUUUCGUCAGACAAACAUUGUGUGGACAGUUUUUUGUGCUGGAGAUGUUGUUGCAGAGAAGGUAAAUGAAGCCUGGAAGAUUGAGUUGCAGAAAAAGAAAGAUGAAAAGAUUUCUUCCAGGAAAGGAUCAUUUUCAGAUUUGACCAGAAUACUGCAGUUUCUUGUUAAAUAUCUCUUGUCACCCAAAAAUUUAGUUACACUUACUGCUUUAACUUGGCCAUACAUCAUUUUAGUAUGUCUCUUCUUUGUUUUUGUCUUCAUCAAUGGUGGAAUAGUUGUUGGUGACAGAAGUAGUCAUGAAGCCUGUUUGCACUUUCCUCAGCUGUUCUAUUUUCUGUCCUUUACUGUUUUUUUUUCAUUUCCUCAUUUAUUGACCCCUACUAAAAUCAGGAAAUUCCUGUUGUCAUUGAAGAAGUACCCUGUGCAGUAUAGCUUAGUCACUGUCAUCUCUUUGUUCCUGAUCUGGAAAUUUACCUAUGUCCAUAAGUAUUUACUAGCAGACAACAGACAUUUUACAUUUUAUGUCUGGAGAAAAGUGUUCCAAAGACACGAGCUUGUAAAAUACCUGUUAGUUCCUUUCUAUCUAUUUGCUGGCUGGAGUUUUGCUGAUACACUGAAAUCAAAAUCAAUAUUCUGGAUCUUAAUGUAUUUUGUAUGUUUAUUAGCAGUCACAGUUCCUCAAAAAUUGCUAGAAUUUCGUUACUUUAUUUUGCCAUUCUUAAUAUAUAGACUCAAUAUUCCAUUUUUGCCUCUAUAUAGACAACUUCUGGAACUGGCAUUUUAUAUUUUAGUAAAUGCUGUAACUUUUUAUCUUUUUCUAAAUAGAACAUUCCAAUGGGAAAAUAGUGAUGAAGUACAGAGGUUUAUGUGGUGACUUUUUUGAUACUUUUAUACCUGUAGGAAAACACAGUUCUGUUUCAGGACUGGACUCUGGAAUGAGACAGUAUGUUUUGCAUCAUGUAAGGACUAUUUUCCCUAGCUGGAAUUGGGAAGUAAGCUCUUUGCUUACAUUGUUGUAACCAAAUGCAAGAUCUGUUAUAAUGUGAAGAUACUCCACAUAUUGAAUUUGUGAAAAUGUAAAAAUUCAAUAUGAGGGGAAAUGUGAGAACACCUUUCUGUAAUUAAUGUAAAAUAAGGGAGAUGUUUACUGUCAUUUUUCAUUAUAAUGAAAUAUUAUAUAACAUGCCCUUGAAGGUAAAAUAGUUUAUAAGUAUGUUCCAGAGGUUUCUUUUUUACAAAAGAAGGAUUUCAAUCUAUUCAACCUUUUUGUUUAUUUAUCUGUGUUCAUAUUUAUUCCUCAGAUCAGGCCAUUUUCUUCUAGGUUUACUAGUGGCCAAAGUAUAAACCACUAUUAAAGUACAAUGUUUUCAAAGCCU